AUGACGACGUUACGUGAGUUUGUGCUGGCAACGGAGCGAGAUCGUCAGCCUUUAGAUGAUGCAAUUGUGUCCUUUUCUUGCUCUUUACUAUUGUCUCCAUCUACUGCUAUAUCAACAUCUCGACCUCUCUCUACCAAUGACAGUUCGUCUCUGUGUCAUCAGUUUUUAGCUCUUCAUCCUCAAGGAGAAUUGUUAUUACGUGUGUGGCCGGCACAGCACGGCGUUGGCAAUCGCUAUGAAAAGCGUGACAGUUUUGCAACGUUUUUGCACGUCGUGACGCACCUAUUGCAAGCACAACAACAGCUGAAUGUCGUCCAAGCUGAAGCUUUUGCACUUCGAAUUGUUCGGGAGAAGGCGUCGCAAUUGGAAAAGCUCUUGAGCUGGAGUGACAAGCCAGUGAUUAUACUUCGAGCUCUAGAGCUAUUGGCUGCAGUUGUGAAGGUCAGUGGCGUGGCAGCACGAGAGCUCGUGCGACUUUUUAACUUUCAGUGUCCAGCAUUUGUCCAGUUGGCUACUAGAAGAUGGAAGAAGUUAGAGUCAGUGGAAGAGAAAGAAGAGGAGAUAAAAGAGGCACCAUUUCAGCUACGAGCGGCGUACGUGGAUCUCGUGCUGGCACUGAUGGCGUGUCCGGAUAAAAGUGUUCAUCGCUUUGCGAUGAAGGAAGGAGGGUUGACUGUGUCGUUGUUCAAGAGCAUGGAUGGAGAUUCAGCUGAGAUGUUGGCGAGAAUUUUCAAGAAACUGGGGGACGUGGUGCUGUAUAGCCACGAGGUGGACCAUAAGAACAAAUUGGUUGUGUAUAAUGGCACUUGUGUGCAUCAAUUGCUGGCGCUACUGCGAGUAGAGGACGAUGAGAAGGUGCGGGAAACAGUGCUGGAAGUGCUGAACGCACUCUUUUUUGAAGAUAGUGCACUGUAUGUGGUACCGCCGAAGCACGCACUACGACUUUUUUUGGCAAAAUCGGCGAGUUCGCAAAGUGACGAGGACGCGAUCACGUCGGAACAGGCGUACGCACUCAAGGUGAUCCGUCAUGCUGUUGCGACAAUUGGUGUGAACGAGCUUUUGCAAAGCACACAAGCUCAGACGCUUGUGAUGCAGUUUCUUGCCAAGUACCCAGGCUUUCUUUCAGAGUAUCUCGCUGCGCUGUCAAUUCAGCUUGAACCGAAACCAGUCUACCGCUGGUUUUGCGUGGCUUCAUUGGUGCAGAAAUUACUGUCCUGUUCUUUGGAUGCGGUAAGUGUGGGAAUGCCUGUCAAGAAUCGAGAUACGCUCUCUUCGUGGUGCUCUGCACAGACAUUAGCGUCACGACUUAUUGCUCCAGGUAACUUCCGCAAAGAGCUCUCGCGUAGCAUCCAGCACAGCAACAACCUUGUGAUCUAUUCGUCCCUGGGUGUAAUUGAGGCACUGCUGAAUCGUUAUGUCCGCAUAGCCCCGUCGUUGGAAUCGUUGGAUCUUGCUUCAGAAGUGCAAUCGGAGCUACGCUUCCUUCUUCCGAGUCCGGAAGUGCUUGUCUCAUUGCUGCUCAAAUUAUGUGCCUCACAAAAGCGAAGCAUUGCACUUGUGUACGUCCGCGCGCUCACAGUCUCUCGUCUCUAUUUGGAGUGCCUUCCUCAAGCUAUGCGUGAGGUGAAGGUUGAUUUUACAAAGACUCUGAGAUGGCAUUACUUGAAUUGCCCCGUUGAUGGUAGUGCUGAAAGCGUCAUGCCGCUACCUAUGCAGAGCUUGAUCGUUGGUGAAAUCUUGCGCUUUUUGCUCGCUGUGGAUGCUUCUCGCUUGCGGUUUCUUCUUACUAGUGGUAGCUCUGGCCAUCGCUCGAAGCUCCAGCAGAUGUUGCUGAUGUACGUUUCAACGCCGAGUCGUGUCGUGCAAAAUCUUGCAGGACAAGUGCUUCAUCGGACUUUGCUUGCAUCAGACAUUUUUGGGCUAGCAACGCAUGGAGAAUUGCAAACUGCUAGCGGGCGUGCGAAUGAAGAGGUAACAAUUUGGCUCGAAAGUUUGGGUCAGGGUGGAGGCAAAAGCUGCGCUGAGUUUACGGAACAGCUCGUGCGUGCUGUGAUGGCUGAUCCACUCAUGUUUGUUGCAAUUGGUAGCCGCGUGAUAACAGACGUGUCUUCUUCGUCUUCUCUAAGCCCAAUAACUGUGGCGCUGGUGGGAUUUCUUAACCCAUUCACAGGAGCCAGUGGGAAAUUGGACUUGUCAGCAUACCGCGCCGACCCGUGUGUUGUAGCUUAUGCUAUGCGCAUUUUGCUAGCACUGAUGCCAACCAGCGAAUAUCCUUACCAACUAGUCACGUUGAUUGCAAGAAACGAUGAUUUUCGCGACAUGGAUGUGUCUGCGGCCAACUUGCAACAAGACACGAGAGAGGAAACCUCCAGCGAUAAUUACAGCAAGAGAAAACGGAAGCGGUCAAUGGAAUUCGAUGAGUUUGGUCAUGAAGAUGAUGCUUACGUGUGGCUCAAAACCACUUGUGAAACGCUUGUUUCAGGGAAGUGUUUUAUCAAGGGUGCACCAAAGAAGAAGGUACAAGAAGCUAGCAACACGUGGCACCACUAUAGCGAUCCCAAGGCCUUAACUGCGGCAUUAGUAGCGAUGACACCAUCGAGCUUUUGUUCAAUGUGGGGACAAAUCGUCAGCAACUGCGCUGACAUAGCAAAAUCCUUUGACCCUAUUCUUCAUUAUCUGUCUGGGCGGGGAGACGUGGAUAUCCUCUCUUUAUUGACUCUUUCGAGAACCACAUCGGCCACGAAAACCAGACAGCGAAAAAAGCAGACGUCCAUUUCUACUGCUGCAGAGAUAUUCACGAAGAUGGUUCCAGUUUAUAUUGUCCUGCAGCAUGUUCUUUUCAGCAUUGCGACCAAAAAUCGCGAGGAACAGGAAUCAGCGAUUGCUCUGGUGAAACGCAUGGUGAAGAGUAGAGUCAAAGAUCAUCAGUUGACAGCAACAGAUGCAGCGCGUAUGUGCGAACAACUGCUGUUCUUUUUCUCGUCAAACAACUUUGGCUUUCCAGACAGCAAACACACACACCUUUGCGAACUUCUUUUGAAUCUACUGACGAUCGUUAUCGUCUCUAGCGACAGUAUUCGUGCUUCCAGCGUAGUCACACGACUUUUCUCCAAGCUUCGAGCAGUGAUUACCCGUAAAAUGAGCUCAGAGCUGGGACGACAGCUAUCUGCUCUGGAGAUUGUUGCUCUGCGAGUUUGUUCCAGCAUCAGCCUAGACACGGAUCUGACAAAGCUGUGCGACUUUAAGGAUCUGUUUCAGCGCGCAGGGGUUCCGCUCGUUGCAGUGUUAGCUUCGCGCGUGCCAUCCGGUGCACGUAUCGCAAUACUGGAUAAGCUUUUGCACCAAGCCAGCGUUAUGACGAUUGACGCGCCGAAUGUUGUGCUCGUUGAAUGUGUACUUAAAUCUUUGGGCUGUAAUGAUGCGAACGAGCAGUACGCUUCUUUCGCGGACUACAAACGCGCAAAGUUGCUCACACAGAAGCUCUGGCAGCUGCUUGAGAGCCAAAGCAAAAAGCAGCAGCUACCAUUCUUGACGACUGGAUUCAGAGUAGUGGGGCAUCUAGGUGGCAUUGAUGUCUUGACGGCUGUGGCAUCCAUUGAAACUUUUCUCGUGCCACUUGUGGUGCGAAGUGCGCACUUCAUAUCAAGUGGUAAUCACAGUACCGAGAUGCUCCGGGCUAUUGUCACAGCAAUUCGAAGCGGGGUCGAGGCUGCAGUAUUUCCAGCUGUGUUUGAGGAGCAGUUAUUGACAUGGUUACAACGUGAAAAGGAUGAGCGAGUGAAGUGUCUAUUGGUGGGGGCGCUUUAUGAUGUAUUCACGCGUGUAUCAAAUGACGCGCUACGUCAAGUUUCGAACGAGUUGAUCCCUACUUGUCUUCGGCGUGUGCUAUUAGAUUCACAGGAAAGUUAUUCGGCAGAACUUGCCAUGCUGAGGCAUCUGUCUAUUGAUGGUUCUUUGACCGUGUACGCGAACAGAUUUGGUGCGUCUAUUCAAGCAAUUGUGGAGAAGUUCGAGAGGUCUGAACGUGUUGAGACUUUGUCGUCUGCACAGCUGCUUGCUCUGCUACUACUAUCACGCAGUAAUGGUAUUCGCGAAAGUACUGACGCUAGUUUGCUGUUAGUCCUUGUCAAGAGCGCUGUGUGUGCUCUAAAGACAGAAAUCGACAAACGUUUACCAAGCGACCAUGAAAGCUUGCCCAACAAAUUGAAAGCGACAAUGCUUUUGGUGGAGAGAGUUGUUGGAUAUCUGAAGCAACAAGGACAAGAGAAGCAGAUGUCAACUGUAACAAUGGUACUUCCUCUAUUCGCUGCGAUGCGUGAAGCUGUCCGAGAAAGCGUUAACAAGCUUGCAUUUGAGGAAUUGGUGGGCUUGACAGCUGCUCUGCUGCGUCUAAUGGGAAAGGAGGUAGAUGCAAUCGACUACGACUUUAUAGCUCACUUCGAUGUGAUCGUGCAACACCCAUGCUUCACACAGAGCCUGCAGAACGUGGGUAACAAAGGACUACAGCUAUUGAUCGUACGAGUGGUUGCGCAACUUGCUCGCAUUACGGGAAAUUAUACUCGCUCUCUCUUGCAGACAUUACUUAGCUCAUAUUCAAUGUCGCUUUCGCCUUUCGAUCGCAGCCUGCGGGUGUUGUUCGAAGUGUUUGAAGCCCUGGAGAAAGAUGAUCUUACGUUGGUGAGCAUGGGCUUUCGCUUUGGUGCAUCGUCCACGGUUCCACCAUCAGCAGCUACGUCGGCGUCAUCGAAAAGUUCUAACAACGACUUAGUAGACGAUUCAGCUUGGGUCCUUGGAGGAGGUCUCGAACAAAAUCGGGUUCGUGCUACCAUUGAGCACUUCCCGCUAAAGCGCAAUGUUUCAGCUGCAUGCGAUGCAUAUCUUCUAGAUCUCGACGAAGAGCUCCAUACUGGUGAUUAUACUGACAAAGUCGAGCAGACCCUGUCAAUGAAUGAUGAGCAACCAAUUGAAGGCUACGAUCCUGCGUUCCUCUUGCCGAUGCUAUCGCACUUUAUUUCCUCAUCGGACUUGCCUGAGGGCGCCACUGUGCAGCAAGGCUUGUUGGGCGUAGCUAUUCGUGCUACAUCCUCUGACGUCGAGCGAGUUCGCGAGUAUGCCUUUGGUAUUCUAGCACAUCUGCACGAGUCUUUGCAAGCUACGACGGAGACUACAAGCGACUUCAAGGCAGGGCGUCAAGUGCAUCUUUUGCUAGAUGUUUUCCGCUGUGGUGUCAAGAAGCCCCUCGAGCAAGUUCCAUCGGUGGUUACUGUGUUCCUCAAUGAUGCGCUUGCUGUUUUGACGCGUCCAACCCACGUGUUGUACCCGCAAGUCAACCACUUUCUGCUGGCGCGUCCCGCGAUGGACUUGGCUGAUGUGCCAAUGUUCUAUUCGUUGUUUAAUAGCCGGGCACCUUUGACUUUCCGUCAAGAGCGAUCAUGGCUUCUUCACACGCUUCGUCGCGGAAUUUGCAAUGAUGACGACGUGACACUGCUUGAGCACCGCCACGUACUUCCAAUGCUGUUGAGUUUCUUCACUUCCGAACUAGCAGAUACUCACACACAGCCGUUGAUUGCAAACAUUCUUCUCGCAGCACUACGUACGCCAUCAGGCGGCGUUUACCUGGUAACGAAGGCAGCAUUGUUCGAAUGGUUGUCGGCACAGUUCUUGAGACAUGGAGCUGCGUCUUUGACGCACGUUGAUCGAUUGUCGAAAAAAUCAAUGAAGACAGCUUCCUUGGCGUUAUUGCUUCCACUCAUGAUGGUUCUGGAGCAAGCAUUACACGAUGGAAUUUGGAGUCAAUUGGACCGAGCUCAACAACAUGCUACAGCUCUACAAGCAGUAAACACAUUUGCAUCCUUGCAAACUGCCAUUGCAGCGCAUCGUUCGGAAUCCAAGAACGACCGCUUGAUUACAAGCAAAGCUGUGGUCAUAUCGGAACUAGUCGUUCGUCGUACUGGGUCCGUUUGUUCCGUGGAAUUGUUGCUCAAAGCUAUUGAACUAGUCCAGCACUUUACCAAAUGUGACACUGCAAGGAUUGAUUUGGCCGAGAUAAUAGCCACCAAUCUCACGCAAUGGCUACUCCAACAACACCACAAUGAAGCACAGCAACAACACUUUCACGACUGGGCUCUUCUGCUCCGUCAAGUGGCUUCAAUACUUGUUUCUUCCGACGAUAUCAACACAAUGGUGGCAAAAGAGCAGCAAAUGACGUAUGCUCUUACAAAACUCAAGUCUGUUUUGGACCAAAUACCAACUCUGAAGAUGCUCGUGAUGGCAUCAGUACAUGCUACUGAACAGACACGAUUUCUUCAUGCAUUACUCUAG